AGCGCCCUGCCCGCCGGCCGGGUCCCCCUAACUGCCCUUCCCUGCGGCUGCGGAACCCCAAGCGAGCGGGGCCGCGCGGCGGGGCGGGCGCAGCUGCUUCCCCGCCCCGGGGCGGCGCCCGCUCGGGGCUGGCGGCUCAGCCCAGCCCGGCUCAGCCGCCCUCGGAGCCAGCGCCGCCGCCGCCAUGUCUUCCGGGGCCAGCGUGAGCGCCCUGCAGCGCCUGGUGGAGCAGCUCAAGCUGGAGGCCGGCGUGGAGCGGAUCAAGGUCUCUCAGGCUGCUGCAGAGCUUCAGCAGUACUGCAUGCAGAACGCCUGCAAGGAUGCUCUGCUGGUCGGUGUUCCAGCUGGAAGCAACCCCUUCCGAGAGCCCAGGUCCUGCGCUUUACUCUGAAGACCGGUAAGAAGUUUGUUGAGGAAUGCCUUCAAGCACAAAGUAAUGAAUGACUGACUCCAAGUCUCAAGAAAACACUUAUUUAGCCAAAUGACUGAGAUAUUUCAGACCUUUCCUGUGGCCUGGUCUUACAGCCAAAAUUCUACAGAAAUUAAUGAUUUUCUACUCAAAUAAGGAAACUGAAGAAAUAGAAUUGUUUUAAAUAAUAAUAAUGUUCUCAUGGUGAAGUGCUUUGUAUCAAGAUAAACAAAACCUUACCACCAAAUAUACCAAAAUACCACCUCUUUAAUAAGUGAGUUACUGGCAUUGCUAUACGUAGAAUAUCAUGUAUGUUUUAUUUACUGGAUGUUUACAUUUUAGGAAGGAAAACACUUUUGUUUAUCAAAAGAAGGAAAUAUUUGUAAUUUGUUGUUCCUAAGAUUUUUAUACUAUAAUAAAAUUUGUUCUCCUAUCAUAAAUUUACAAUUACUAAAUGAAGACAAGAAAGUAUAAAAUUGGGGGGAAAGAAGAGUCUUCACUAAUCAAAUGAUGCCUUGAUUUUUUUCUAAAUGAGAAGCUUUUUUUAUUUUUAACACUAAACACAGGAGAUGUUUCUUAGUAAACUUGUUUAGAAAGACUCAUGUUAUGAUGUAUAUUAGGUUGCCCCACCUUGUGUAUGAAGCAGUUUUGAUCUCUUUUUAAGUUCCUUUACUGUAUAGUUGUGGUUGCACUUUUAAAAAGAUCCUCCAUUAUUUCAUGCCUUUAAAAAAAUGUUUAAAAUGUUUUAAAUAUGACCUACAUACAGAACUUUGCAAAUAGUUAAAAACAAAAUAAUGUGAAAAUAUUACGACUUAAAAGAAUUCUUCAUGUCACAAGUAUUUUACUUUGGUGAUGUGCCUUUGAUUUAAUUUUAGAAGGAUACUUUGUGUUUGUAAUAAUGUUUGAAGAGUUUGGGAAUAAAUUCUGUUUAAUUCAUCGUU